AUGUCGCAAAGAUUCGGAACCUCGUCCCUCCACCAGCGCGACUCCCGCAGCGUCCUCUUCGCCGGCUACACGGGUGACCAGUCACAGCAGCGCGGCCGGCCCAGCCCGUCGCCCUCUCCCGGGGUCGGCGUAGGGGGAGGCUAUGGCUACAGCAGCUACGGAGGAGGCUACUCCCCCUCGAUGAUGGGCAAUGGCUACGGCGACGCGGGGAGCCCGUCGCAUGCGUACCGGACCGCGACGCCCAACAAGAAGGGGCAGUACAGCGACGCGGUGCUCAACGAGUUGGAGAGCCAGAACGACGAGCAGGUGUCGGGCAUCCUGGGCAAAGUCAAGGUUCUGAAAGACAUGACGGUGGCCAUUGGCGACGAAAUUCGCGAAUCCUCCGCCCUCGCCGAGAAGAUGAACGACACGUUCGACUCGACGCGCGUGCGCCUCCGCGGCACCAUGAACCGCAUGCUCAUCAUGGCCCAGCGCAGCGGCAUCAGCUGGAAGUGGUGGCUGCUCUUCUUCCUCGCCGUCGCCGCCCUCUUCAUAUACGUCUGGCUGUUUUAA